UGCUUUUUUUGCUGUUGUUGGUUCACUUUGCAAGAAGAUUUUUUUUGUCUUCCUGCAAGCAGUGUGUGAAAUGUCUCAGUUUGUACUGGUCACGGACGACGAGUCACAGACAGACCGUCUCGUUGAGCUACCGGCUGAGGACAAUGGCUUUCUUCUGCUCUCCACUCUGGAGGCCCAGUUUCCUGGUGCCACGGGCUUGAAGUAUCGCGCCGAGUCGGGCGCAUUUCGCGGCCUCAAAGUGUCCGACGGCACCAUUUGGCCUCCGACUGAUGGAUGGGGAAUGGCUACCUAUGUCGUUGUACUCAAAGCCGAGGCAGCCAAGCGCCGGCAUGAAGGUGACUCGUCCGCCCCACCGGCGAAACAGUAUAGUAUGGGCACCGCAGGCGCCGCGUCAGCACCCGUUGACGCCGGCGAGACGGAUCUCAUUGUACUGGGUCUUCCGUGGAAGGCUUCUACGGAGGACGUCAAGGAGUAUUUCUCACAGCACGGUCAGAUGGCGCUCUGUCAGGUAAAUACUGACUCUGACGGCCGAUCGAAGGGCUUUGGCUUUAUCCGUUUCAUCGACCCCGAAGUUAACAAGCAGAUGGUCUCCACCCGCUAUCACUUUGUUAUGGGACGCCGCUGUGAAAUCAAGCUGCCUGUCCGAAAGGGCAACCAGGAGUUUCCUCGCAAGCUCUUCAUCGGCUGUCUGACGCAGGAGAUCACCAAGGAAGACCUCCAGGAGCACUUCAGUCAGUUUGGCAUCACUACCGACAUCUACUUGCCGCAGCCGUUCCGCGGCAUUGCGUUUGUGACCUACACGGAGCCGUCGGCGGCCAUGCACUGCCUGGAGAACGCACCGCACAUCAUCAAGGGAACGCACUUGAACGUGGCCACCCCAGAGCCGCGUAAGAACCCCGAUCAUCACGGUGGCGGCGGACGUGGUGGUGGCGGCGGCGGUGCAGUUGGACAGCAGCAAGCCGGUGGUGCGGCCGCACAGUUGUCGACGGCUGCAUCGCAGGCACUGCUCUCUCAGAUCGCUCUGGCCGCCACUAGCGGUGCGUUGAAUCCCGCUGCGCUGGGCAUCGACAUGACGGCAUUGGCUCAACAACAGCAACAGCAGCAGCAGCAACACACACAGGGCGGUGUUGCAAGCCAUGGUGGCCACCCGCAGCACCAGUCAUCCAUGAGUAACGUACAGUCGUCCAAUCCAUCCUACAGGUGGUAACUGCCUCCAGCACCUCUUCUUCCUAUCUCUGUCUGUAUUCGAGAGUCUACACUGGCCUAGCACUGUUGGCUUGUGUGGUUGUAUAUACUGUCGGUGCUCUCCUUAGCGUGUUCUGUCUCUUUCCGCCAUCCAGCCAUCUUCCUAUCCGCCGUCAUUCCAAUCCAUCUCCGUUCCACCUUGCUGUCGGUCUCUUCACGUCUGUUUUUCCGUGCCCAUUGUUGUCAUGGUGUGUGUGUGUGCACUGGCUUUCGCGGCAUGUUGUUUGGUUCAGCCUUGUUGAUGUCGGUGAUGCAGUGCUCUUUCCAGUUUCCUAUGCCACGUCUCCUCCUCCGUGCUGCUGCCGUCCGUCCCGUGGCGACCUAGUCUAUAUCUUACGCCUUGUCGUUGUUCGCCGUCCGUUCUGCUCUGUUCCCCGUUGUUGGUGGUGUUGGUGCGGCGGUUUCUCUUGUGUGUGUGUGUUGGUGUUGGUGUUGGUGUUUGCACGACGAGUGUUCCGCUGUUUCUCUGCCUCGGUUGCUGUCUUGGGUACGUGCAUUCUCUUGUGCCGUGUUUGGGCCAGUGCCUUGUUGUGUCCGGUGGUAUUCCUGAAGGUGGACACGUUGUCGUCACGGUGAAGGUAAUGGUGGUGGUGAUGUGGUUGCGUGUUGUGAGUUGAAGCGCCUGAAAAGAAUGUCUGUUGCGAGGAGGUUUGAGUUUGUGGAGUGAAGGUGGUGACUAGACGCUGGCCGAUGUUUGACAGUGGUGUGUUGACUGUAAGCGCGCGGGAGACGGUUUGCUUGGCGGAGAGAGAGAGUCUAGCGUAUUAUGCUGUGAUCACUGAGUGGCAGAGGGAGAGAGAGAUCUGAUCUGACCUGAGUGUGAUGUCCCUGUGUCAAGCGAGGGAGAGAGCUGCGGCGAAAGUGUUGGACGGAACCAGUGUGAUGGUGAUGAGCGACGAGAGAGAGCGAGGGAGAGAGAGAUGGCAACUUCACUCGCCAACGCCUACGCUGUUAUCAAGUGAGAGGGAGAGAGAGUGUGUGUGAGCUGCUGCCGCUACCGAGACCGUGAGAGCUGGGGCAGAUUGCGGGCCAGUGAUGCGUUCUGACUGAGAGGCGAUGACGGCUGACAAAGUGUUGGUGUGUGCUCGUGUGUGUGUUACUUGCACCCUCCCUCCCUCUCUGUUGUAUCCUCUCGUCCUUGUCCCUAGGUCCCCAUCCCCCGUUUUUGUAUGUGCUCCUCUUGUCGGAGUCUAAUGGCAUACGUUAACGCAUCACCCACUUGUGUUCUGCAGUUCCAGUUUUCGUAGUUUUCAUCUCCCCGCUCGUUCGACAUUUUCAACAUUUUUUCAUUCUUUGUCUAGGUGUCUCACCCUCUCCCCAUCCGCAUUGCUUUGGUUUUAGACUGCUAGCUAAGUAUCGCUUG